UCCCUAGGGAUUCCUCAAGGACUCCCAAAAAACUCCCUCCAGCAGAUUUGCUGAGUUUUUGAUUAACUCCCAGGGGAGUCCCGUAACGGACUUCUCAGGGAUUUCACAAUUGGUAGGGACUCCCUGGGGAUUUCAUUAGGGAAAGUCGACUAGGGUAGGCAUUGUACGCCAUUCACAUCGAAUGUUUGAGUAAAAGGAAAUGUAAUAGGAUAAAGUCAUCAGAGAAACAUGUUCAGUGGUUUUUUUGUCGAAUAAAAAACAAAAACAAAAGAAUAUUAUGUUUCCCGCGAAUGAUUUGGGUGUGAGUGUGGGUGUGGGUGUGGGUGGGUGUGGGUGGGUGUGGGUGGGUGUGGGUGGGUGUGGGUAUAUUCUUUAUCCACACUCACACCAAUGCCCAACACCCACACCCACCCUUUUCUUAUUGGUUAUCGUUUUCUUUCUACUUUCUAGAAGCAAUCAAUGUAAAUCAAUCAAUCUAUUCUCUUUAUUAUUAUUAUUAUUAUUGAUAAAUUUUUAUUUCGAACAUUAAUAUUUAUUUCGAUAAUAUGUUGAAUUUAGGCUAUAGACAAUAAUUAGUUUUAAUUAAUUAUGAAUAUAAUUCUUCCUAUUUGACUCAUAUGACGUAUUAUAUAAAAUAUAUCUUACUUAUAAAUAGAUACUUAAUAGUUGAAUAGAAUAAGAAUUGUUCUUUUCUUAAAACAUAAUUCUAAUUUGUUUUAAACAAAAAAACUAAUUGUUUUAUUGUGUUUUUUUUCAUUCUAGAUAUAAAUAUUUUUUAGUCGUUGUUUAUAUAAAAUAGCUGACCCAGAUCUUGCUAGUCAUUUAAAUUUACCAUUUAUUAAUAAACUUUGUGUUUAUGUUCGUGGUGGAAAUCGUUUAAAAAAAAAUCUGGUGCUAUUCGAGGACAACGAUGACCAUGUUCUUAUACGUGAAUAUCGUUCAACAUUACAAACAUCACUUUAUUCAAUUCUAUUUUUAACAAAAUAUUUCGAACUUUAUCAAUCAUCUUUAUUAAAUAAAUCAGCUAUAUUAGAUAUUUAUAAAAUUUAUCAAUUAAAUAAUAAUAAGUUACAUGAAUUUUAUUAUUCAUUAAAUAAUUAUAAACGAAUAUUAGAAUAUGAGAAUAUGAAGAAAAAUGGCCUCCAAUAA